CAUUCUUUUCUCUCUUUCAGCGUCCCUUUUUAUUUCUCGCUUGAUUUCUGUUUAGAAAGAUUCCUUUUCUUUCUGAUAAUCUGAUUUCCACUUGAGCGGACCGUUUCCCUCGUGGAUCUCAGUCUAUUUCUUCGAAUCUCCUUUUCCUGAUCAACGAUCACCAAGGGGAACUUACUCUCCAGCGCUCGCUACCUCACGCCUCCACGCUCGCUUCCAUAUCACGUCCUUUUCCUUGCACAAUGGCUUCACCACCUCCUAGUAAUGGCACACCUGCCACCGCCUCCCCGCCCAGCAGCAAGCCCGGCUCUCCUUUCGUCGAGCGCAGCAACCCAAUGGGCGCCGGAAAUGCUCAGACGGUCACCUCCAAGGACCCCAAGGCUGCGGCGCAGGCUGCCACCGAUAUGAAGAACGUGGUUCGCCGGAAGCUAACCGGCUAUGUUGGUUUCGCCAACCUUCCCAACCAAUGGCACCGCAAGAGUGUCCGCAAGGGAUUCAACUUCAAUGUGAUGGUUGUCGGUGAAUCCGGACUCGGAAAGUCUACGCUUGUGAACACCCUUUUCAAUACUUCUCUUUACCCUCCGAAGGAGCGCGCGGGACCUAGUCACGACAUCAUACCCAAGACCGUCUCGAUUCAAUCCAUCAGCGCGGACAUCGAGGAGAAUGGUGUCCGCCUUCGUUUAACCGUCGUUGACACCCCUGGAUUCGGCGACUUUGUCAACAACGACGAUUCCUGGCGCCCCAUUGUGGAAAACAUUGAGCAGAGAUACGAUGCUUACCUCGAGGCUGAAAACAAGGUCAACCGUACGAACAUCAUUGAUAACCGCAUCCACGCCUGUGUUUACUUCAUCCAGCCCACCGGUCACUCUCUAAAGCCGCUUGAUAUCGAGGUUAUGCGCAGGUUACACACCAAGGUCAACCUUAUCCCUGUGAUCGCUAAGGCUGAUACUCUGACGGAUGAUGAAAUCUCCAUGUUUAAGAAGCGGAUUCUCGCCGAUAUCCAGCACCACUCGAUUCAAAUCUUCGAAGGGCCUCGCUACGAACUUGACGACGAAGAGACUAUCGCAGAAAACCAAGAAAUCAUGUCGAAGGUUCCUUUUGCCGUUGUCGGUGCCAACUCAGAGGUUGCUACAUCCGAUGGCCGCAAGGUCCGUGGCCGUAGCUACCCCUGGGGUAUCAUUGAGGUCGACAACGAGGAGCACUGCGACUUCGUCAAGCUGCGCCAGAUGCUUAUUCGCACCCACAUGGAAGAGCUCAAGGAGCACACUAACAACCAUCUGUACGAGAACUACCGCUCCGACAAGCUUACUCAGAUGGGUGUCGCCCAAGACCCAAGCGUGUUCAAGGAAGUCAACCCUGCUGUGAAGCAAGAAGAGGAGCGUGCUCUGCACGAACAGAAGCUUGCCAAGAUGGAGGCAGAAAUGAAGAUGGUCUUCCAACAGAAGGUAGCAGAGAAGGAAAGCAAACUGAAACAGAGCGAAGACGAAUUAUACGCUCGACAUCGUGAGAUGAAAGAACAACUGGAUCGCCAACGCGCAGAGUUAGAAGAGAAGAAAGCCCGCCUCGAGAGUGGACGGCCACUCGAAGAAAAGGGAAAGAGGAAGGGAUUCUCUCUUCGUUAAACAGACGCUUAGUCGGAAACCCCGACGGUCUUCGCCUAAAAGCCAUAAGACAGCUGAUAGUGUGUAUGGUCGUUGGAGGCUUAUUGGAACUUCUACGUUUGAUUCUCCACGACUUGUCGAUUGAUCGAGCGCCUCCCACAACCUUCCGCCUUCUCUUUUUCGUGUUUUCAUCGUUCUCCACGCUCCCUCUAACCCGUCUCUCUUAUCCCCUUCCAGUAAUGACUGAAUCUAAUUGAGUGGACCAAGGAGGGAAAUGGAUUGCCUCAAUAUCUUUGCCUUGGGCUUACACAGGAGAUGCGCCAGACCACAAGAGCCACCUUUCGAUGCUUGAUACGGCUGUUUUCAGUGGCUGAAGUUUUCUGGUCCUGAAAUUGCGAGAGGAUUCACGAGGUGGCGGCCUGCAAUUCGUCUCAGGUUGGGAAUCUACUGCCUCAUGUCCACAAUUCACUUCUUGUUAUGUACUUUUGCCUACGCUAUACCUUGUUCCCGCCUGCUUCCUAUUCCCCUUCUGUGGUCCAGUGCUGCUAUCGUUCUAUAUUAGUUGCACCUUUGUCUCUUCUACACAUUUUAGUGAGAUCGCCCACCCUCGACCAUCUUUCUGACGUUUUCCUUACCUGUUACCUUGAGUUUGUCGUGCUAGUCUCAAUUUGAAGUCAUAAAAGCAGAAAUUGUGGCAG